AUGUCAUUAACUGCAAUAGAAUAUAAUAAUCAAGGUAAUAAAUAUUAUUUAAAUAAUGAAUCAUUAUUAUCAAUUGAAUCGUACAAUGAAGCAAUUAAAUUAAUUGAAAAUAAUUCGAAAGAAAAUCUUUCAUUAUAUUUAUUAUAUUUAAAUCGUUCAGCUGCUUAUAUUCAAGAUAAAAAUUUUUAUUCAGGAUAUGAAGAUGCUAAAUAUUCAUUAAAAUUAAACCAAGUUAAAAAUUUUAAAGCUUUGUAUCGUGCAGCUAUUUGUUUAUAUCAUCUCGGUUUUAUUGAAGAAUCUCAAUUAUUUAUUAAAGAAGCUGUUGAAGAUCAUAAAACAAAUCUUAUUGAUUAUUUAAAUUUAAAAUUAUUAAUCGAAAAAAAAGUUAAUACUAUGAAUAAAUGGAGAAAAACUUUAACUGACGCAAAACAAUCAAUUAAACAUCUUCAAGAUAUUAUUGAAAAAAAAGUUUUACCGUGUGAAAUUUCAUCGAUUCUUUAUCAUAUUCGUUAUUUAUUACGAGCUUAUUUUGACAAUGAAAAAGAUAAAAAUUUACUAAAUAUAGAUACAGCUGAUCUUGGAUUGAAAUUACAAGAGUUAGCUACUCAAUUUAAUGCCGUUUUUAAUGUUCAAGUAUGA